AUGGCAGCUGACUCCGAGGAUGAGAACUAUAUUCCUCUGGAUGGCCGCAAGCCCAAGCGUACUAAGACAGAGGAAGUAGAUAGUGAAGAUAGUGACGACAGUGAAGAUAGUGAAGCUGAUGCGCCCCCCAAGAAGGAAAAGAAGCACAAGAAGAAGGACGAAAAGAAGGCAGAGAAGAAGCGCAAGCGCAAGACUGAAGAAGACGACGAGCUUGACUCUAACAACUCAUCUGAUACUGAUGCUGCGGGUGGCGUGGAGCUACCUAAGGAGGAAAAGAGAAGAAAGAGAAAGCUAGAGAAGGCCGCUGAGGAGGCCGGUGCUCAAGAAGAGGUUGAGGCGCGAAAAGAAAAGAAGGACAAGAAGAAGAAGAGAAAGGAGAAGGAACAGGCCGAGGAGUACGUGUCGCCCGCCAUAGUUGAAGCUGGAGGGAAUACUAACGGCGGCGAGCAGUGGAACGCCCAAGCACUAGAUGGCGAUGACAAGAGGAAGGAAAAAUUCCUCCGCCUUCUCGGUGCCAAGAAACCCAACGGUACGACAGACACACAGGGAGUCAUAGUGCACCCUCGACGUCAAAGGCGUAUAUCGACCGAGUCCAACACGAUCUAG